AUGGUCGAACUCCGGAAGCGCAAGGCACCAGCUCAACCUCUUCCCACAGAGAAGAAGGCUAAGCCAUCCCCCAAGCCAGCUUCCAAGCCCAAGGAGCCAGAGGCUGAAGCUGAGACUGAAGAAAGCCCCGCGCCAAAGGUCCCAGAGGCCGAUGAUACAAUCGACCUGGAGACCUUUGGGGGUGAGAUUGAGACCAAUGAUGGGGUGAAAACUACCUUGCAGAAGCUUAUCAAUGAGAGCGAGGCAGGUGUGGUGCUGUUCACUUACCCUAAAGCCUCCACUCCUGGCUGCACUAAGCAGGCAUGCUUGUUCCGUGACAACCACACACAUUUGACCUCCACUGGUCUCGCCAUUUAUGGCCUCUCGGGGGACUCUACUAAGGCCAACACUACCUUCCAGACAAGACAAAACCUGCCAUAUCCUCUGAUUUGUGACCCUAAGGCCACUUUGAUUGCAGCCAUUGGGUUUAAGAAGUCUCCCAAGGGAACAACCCGCGGGGUCUUUGCCGUGGAUAAGAAGGGCAAAGUCUUACUUCGAGAGGCCGGUGGCCCAGAUGCAACUGUUGAUGCAGUCCAGAAGAUUGUUGCCAAUUCUAAGGAUGGCAGCAAGGAAGACGAUAAAACCGAGUGA